AUGAACGAGCCGAUUCAUUCGUACAUGAACAGAAAAGAGAACCCAGAACUGAAUGGCUCCAUUGAGUUAAAUCAGACCAGCUGGCGCCACAUAUUUCUAUUCCUUUUCCUCGCAAUCCUGCCUGUUCGCCACGAAAUCACCACAGAAAAUCCAAAGCAGACAUCCAAAGAGGCACAGCAGGUAACCACCAAUAGUCGCACCAAAAAGCCCGCAGCCGCUGAUGCCCUGCAACAUAUGCCCUAG